AUGGUGAGCUCUGAUCGAGACAAUGACAUUGCUUUUAUUGCAAUGGCCAAUGGAGCGAAACAUGAGGAUCAACUGAAGGCUGCAUUUUGUGCGGAGUACGUUAUUAUCAGUGGGAGAUUCCCAUCCACUGAAGAGGAGCAGGUGUUCAUGAAUUGCUUGAAGUCGAAAGGUUGGAAGACCAAUCAGCAUCGUCUGGCUUUCGAUCAAUGGACAUUCACCUCAAAACAAUAA